AUGGCGAAGAGUCAGGCCCUACAGACGAACAUGGACGUUGACUAUGUAGUUGUCUACCGCUUUUUGAAGACAGAUAAGACAAAGGCGGUCGAGCAGUUCGAGAAGCUCGUUGAGGCUCUCUCCGCAAUUGGGUUGCAGACAGAGGUCCGCAAUGGAGACUCGCAUUCUGUUUUGCUGUUUGUGAGAGUCGCGUCCGACGAGCACUUAUAUGGUGAAGUAUACAGGUCACGAGUCCGCGACUGGAUCCACGGCGUACGAGCGGCUGCCCCUCCCAAAGAGACCCGCGAAGCACUCGAGGCCGAACCCCUCUACGAAUCCGAGCGCCUACGUAUUAUAUACCAGCUCAUCACAAACCCGGUAUCCGAGGGCGGGGCAGGCAUUACGCCAAAAGAGGGGGAGUGGGAGGGCGUGGAUUCGAUAUUCGCGUUGCACGAUCGUGCAUACAACGCUGAUUGGAUCAAGAAAUGGAGAUCGUCCUUUUUCCUUCAGACAGAGGACCUGGACGAGAUCCGCAACCGUUUCGGGGAGAAGAUUGCCUUCUAUUUCGCUUUUACGCAAUCGUACUUCUCCUUCCUGGUCUUCCCCGCGGCUUUCGGUACUGCUGCAUGGCUCUUCUUUGGCCACUUCUCAGCCUUAUAUGGUAUUGUGAGUUGUCUUUGGUGUAUAAUCUUUACCGAAUACUGGAAACAUCAAGAGGCCGAUCUCGGCGUGCGCUGGGGUGUCCGUGGUGUAUCACGCAUAGAACACAAGAGGAGGGGUUUCCAACACGAGCAUAUCACCACGGAUCCGAUUACAGGGGAGCAGGUCGGAAUUUUUUCGGUUCAGAAGCGACUGCAAAGACAGCUCCUCCAGAUCCCGUUUGCAGUAGCUGCUGCCUCAGUGCUGGGCACCCUGAUUGCAACCUGCUUCGGAAUCGAGGUGUUUAUCUCAGAAGUUUAUAAUGGACCACUGAAGUGGAUCUUGGUCUUCAUUCCCACUGGUAUCCUCACAACGACCAUGCCCAUCCUGUCCGGUAUCCUCACCAAGUUAGCCACUCAGCUUACUGACUUCGAGAACUACGAGACUCAUGCUGCGUAUGAGAACGCUCUUACACAGAAGAUUUUUGUCCUCAACUUCAUUACGUCCUACCUGCCCAUCUUCCUUACGGCAUUCGUCUACGUUCCCUUUGGUAAUAUCAUUGUGCCUUACCUCGACGUCUUCAGCCUUACGGUCAGGCCAUUCGCUGAGCACGAAAAGCAACUUCAAAGUCCUGGCGCUGACUGGACUAUCAAUCCGGACCGCCUUCGUAAGCAAGUCAUCUACUUCACAGUAACCGCCCAAAUCGUGAACCUAGGAAUGGAGCUCAUCGUGCCCUACCUCAAACGCGAAGGCACCUCCAAGUACAAGAAAUUCCAAUCUGAACGCACCGCAAAGAAUGGUGGAACUUCUCCUGCCCCUUCUGUAAACGAUCCACCAGAGGAUGCCGCUUUCCUCGAACGCGUCCGCGAAGAAGUGGAACUAGAAGUCUACGAUGUGACCACUGACAUUCGCGAGAUGGUCCUGCAGUUCGGGUACCUCUCUCUCUUCUCCGUCGUUUGGCCCCUUACCAGCGUUUCCUUCCUUAUCAACGACUGGGUUGAGCUCCGUGCCGAUGCCAUUAAGAUCUGCCAAAACAUGCAGCGUCCGACACCCUGGCGUGCUGACACUAUCGGCCCAUGGCUCGACUCGCUCUCCUUCCUCGCCUGGCUCGGCAGUCUCACCACCGCUGCUCUUGUCUACCUCUUCUCCAACGACGGUCUCGGUCCGGACGGCACACCAGCUAAUAUCCGCGCCUGGGCCCUCCUCCUUACCAUAUUUCUGUCUGAACACAUCUUCUUCGUUGUACGCUUCGGUAUCCGCAUAGCUAUUUCCAAGCUCUCGUCUCCCGGUGUGCAGAAGGAGCGCCGCGACAGAUUCCUUGUUCGGAAGCAGUAUUUCGAGGAAAACCUUAAGGGUCUGGAGAGGUUGCCGAAGUUGAAGGAAGUUUCCGAGCAAAUUACAAGGGAGAGCUUGGAGGAGGAUGCGAGGAGGAGUAGUCUCAGCGAGAGUACGGCCGAGGAGAGGUUUUGGGCAAGACAGAGGGGUCUGAGGGAGACUGUCAGUGUGGGUAAGGACUUGAUUCAACGGGCCGAGGUUGAGAAGAGCCAGGAGAGGAAGAAGGAGCUGUAA